AUGGACAAAAGUGAAAUUCUUGACGCCCAUGAUGAGCUUGAUCUAUAUGCCCUACACUAUAUUUAUCUUCCAGCUAUACAGGCAUCGCUGAAUGAGUUUGUUAACCAAUGGAAUCAUCAUGGAGUACGAACUAUGCAUAGUAUCUCGCCUCUUGCACUUUGGUAUUCGGAGGUUAUUGAAAUUGGUGUGACUGAUGUCAAUAUCGGGGACAUAACUUUAUAUGGCAUCGAUCCUGAUGGUCCAGUCGGUGAUAUUGAAACCGAAAAUAUGGUUGUUGUCCCUGAAAGUACAAUUAAUUUAACCGAAAAUCAAGUCAGUGAAAUAAGACGCCUUGUUCCAGAUCCUUUAAGCGAUGACAGCAAUCACGGAAUACACCAUUACCUCACAGUCCGUAAUUAG